AUGGCGGGCCAAAUUUCGACUGUAUUGUGCAUUAUUUCUGCAGCCAUUUUAAUUCCCGAGGUUCACUCAAGGGCCCACCAGACCAACUACGAUGCUGCGGCGGAGAUUUUGAUACCAAAGCGGUACUCCAUGAGAUAUCGCUCUGUCCUUGAUGAUAGAAUGAUACCACAAGCAAGAUAUUGUGUGUCGCUGCUUUUUACAAGUGUCCAAUUUGGUAGGGUAGAAGCCAUCUUUCGUUACAAGUUGACUCUUCAGAGUGAAUACACAAACAAGUUGGUUCGAUUAACGACUCGUAAAUCUACGCCGCGUAGCAUCGUGGACAACAUGAUAACAACAACCGAACAGGCAACAAUGAGGCAGCUGUACGAUCAGAAGCUUGAGUACUCCGACCGGAGAACUUGUCGAGUGCUUGUUCAAACGUUUGGAGGAGGGACUAAAGUGUGUAGCCUCUGGGUGGCCCCCGAGAAGAGGCGCGGACCUGUUCCAAGAGAAUGCUCAAAUGCCUACAGCCAGAUCUGUCCAGGACAACCACACCAAAUUGAUUACCCUGACAAUUGUGCUUGA